AUGGACGGAAAGGUCAAGUUCGCGGUGCCCUACAGGGCACACCGUCCUCUGACGAACCUAGAGCUGUGUCAGGGAAAGAUCGUCGUCGUGCAGCGAGGAGGAUGCACCAUUGCAGAGAAGCUGAAGCACGUGCAGAGCGCUGGAGCCGCAGCGAUGAUCCUUGUAGGGGUGGACAACCAGGACAAGUUCUCCGAGAUCAUGCAGAUCAGGGAGAAGCCCGAGGAAGGGUUCCUGGCUUGUAUCCCCGUGGUAUACGUGCUGGGCAAGGACGAGGGGCAGAUCAGUGAAGGCAUGAUCUGCCGUAUGGUGUUCCUCCCUAGGACUCCCCGCACUCCCGUCACUUGGAGCCUGGGCCAUAUCGUGAUCCCUCCGCAGUCCUGCUACCCCGAUGGCUCGCAGGGGAACCAGGAGGAGCUGCUGGCCGAAUUUAUCGAAAUGAGGAAGGCUGACAUGGAGGAGAUGAACAGGAGGCUGGUCCUGUUGAACGAGCCACCUCCUCCUGCAGCUGUCUGCGCCAAGGACCUGACAGGGAGCAGGCCCGAUGGAGCUGCCACCAUUUGGGAGACUUUGAGAGCGUCCAUGGAGCGGAUGCGGCACAUCGUGACUGACUUCUGGUGGGUGAAGGAGCUGUCAGCAGGACUGAGCGGCGGGAUGACAUUCUCGGGCACGCACACGAUCGUUUCCGGGUAUCCGUUACCUGUAACAGCCGAGGAAUGA